CUGAGACGAUAGAUAGAAGACGUGUACGUGAUUAUAAAUCAUCUUGCUCGAGGUCGUCAUCGACAUCGUCAAGACUUAGUCUUAGAAAAGCAUAAAAUAAAUGUCGCUGGAUGGAAACGAUGUAACCUCGCUCUUCGCGAGUUGUGCCGAGCGGCAGCUGCUCGAGUUGGAGGCUGUCGAGUCUAUAUACGGGCGAGAAGUUUUCCUUGAAUACCGUGGCUGCCGACGUGUGGAUGACUAUGGUACAGGGGCGCCCGUAUGGGCCAAAGUAGCCAAUACGAAUCUUCAUGACAACAUGGCCAGCACCUCCCAGUCGCAGAGUUCGACUUCUACCAGGAUGAGAGGUGACAUCGAGCUCGUCUUACUGGUUGCUGACCCUCAUCGGCUUCCGGCUGCGGAAAUGCGGCUUCGAAUAGAAGUGUGUCUGCCCCAGCUUUAUCCUUGCAAAGAGAAGCCAGCAUUGCUUGAUGUGCAACUGGUUGACAACGACGGAUUAGCUUUCUCGGACGCCUCGGGCCUGCGGGAGAGCCUAGCUUUAGCGAUGGAUCAGAUGCCAGAAGAUAUGGAACUCGUGUCUGAGAUUGUAGAGCGUGCAUUGGAUCUCGCCGUCGCCAAUGAAGGUCAUCGUCUGCAACUAAACGUGAACGGGAGCGGGAAGAAAAACAAACAUGCUGGGGAGGCAUCAACGUUGGAGCCUUCACAUGCAACUGUUUCAACAAGUAGAAGUAUGGAAGAAACCCGACGACAAGAAGCUGCUGAAGGAGGUGUGCAGGUGAAAAAGGCCCCAGAAUAUCCAAAGGAGGAUAAUUUUGUUGCAAGAGCGAAGCAGCCGAAUUAUGGUGCGCCCUCUCAACAAGAUCCACUGCAGUUGCCGUGGUUUGGCGGUAAAAGACGCGGCUUUGCGACAGCGCUAGAGGCUUCAGGUUUCGCAGCCUACAGUGAUGACACGUUGUUUACAUUGCAUAGCAAAACGGGACGCGGAAUCACGCUGGAACGCGGUACUGGGGAUCAAAGAGACAGAAUCUUGCAACUUAGCUGCGACGGUGUCUCCGAAGGUGAUGUGACAGAGUGGUUGAGCCUGCUAGUUCAGCAAAAGGAGGAGAACAUGGAAGAAUUGAGAGCAGAGAUGCCAGGCCUGCUCGUCGCGUGGGCUCACGCGAGUGCGGCACUGGAUGACCCAGAAGCGGAACCUGGGUUUGAACUCGAUCAAGAUUCCCCAGGCAUAGAUACGGGGGACGCGUCGUCGCGAACGAUCUGCACGGAGUUUCUGGAUCCAGCGUUGUUUUUGGAAAAUACUUCAUCAGGGCAGACGAACGGUGGUGCAGAUCGCAUGCGCAAGCGGGAACUGAAGAUCUACACGUGGGGUCGUGCAAUCCUGAAAGGUGGACCGCCGCCCGAUACACAAGCCAACUUUAACGCCUGUGUUCUCACUGGCAAAGGCGCUGGGAUUAAUCUCAAGAAGCAAAACGGGCUAGAUAUCGAGAUUCAGGCAAGAGUAAGCCGUUGUAGCCUCUUCCCGACUUGGAUGGAGAUGUGCGUAAAAAAAGUUGCAAAUGAGGACCUGAAAGUGAUCGCAGUGAACUGCACAAAAGGGCGUCAUCGGAGUGUCGCAGCAGCGGAGAUACUGAAAAAACUUUUUUACCCCAACGCUAAAAUCAUACAUCUCACAAUAUCGUAAAGAAGGGCAUCUUCGUGAAAAAUGAUCAUGGUGAUUUUGUGCAUCCAAGACUUUUGCCUGAGUGAUGCUGAUUUAUCUCAUGACCCCCAUUCUUUCGGAACGGGUAAAUCAUCUUCACGCAAGUUUGUAGAAUUAGCUAGACCUGGAGUAGCCCGAGUCAUUGUUUGCAUACUCGGGAGUCUUUUUUUGUUGGGUCUUUUUCACGGCACGGUCUCUGUUCCGUGUGCAACCCGACCACGACAAUGACUUUUCUGUUAGUCCGUUAGAGGAACUGGCUCUCCGCAUACAAGAUGAAUUGCGUACAAACGCAGUCACCCACGCAUUUUCGACUUGCCGUGUUGGUUCGCGAUAACGUACC